CCCGGAUCGAGAUGGCAAAGAUGUGUUUGUUCAUCUACGGCAGAAGUCUUUACAUUUCCAGCACAUCGCGAACAGGGAACCAACAUGACUGCUCACGACAUACCCAUACCUCGCGACCCCACGGAUGAUGACGCUCUUGCCAUGUUCAAAGCGGCGGAACAGUUGUUUCCAUCAAAAUCAUUGGGCGACGACAAGUGGUACAUUCUGACUCUCGCGGCUAUGGUAGGCGGUGGCCAGCCUGGCUUUGCGCCUCUCCUUUACAAGGAACUCAUCAAGCGACCCGAACAUCAGAGCCCAGCAGAGCGACAGGCUUUGAUGCGAAGAAUAAGAGAGACGCUCUUCAAGCUCAUUGUCAUCAUUGGUGUAUGCAAGCCUUUGGAAGCAAUCUUCGAUAUCGAUGCAGUAACGAAACCAGAAGACAAGGACUACACGUUUUCAAGAGAGGGAUGGCAAUGCGAUGAGGCGAACGCGAGGCGUGGCUUCGAGUGGCAGAACCGUCUGUACCAACACAACCAAGGCGCGAUUGAUAACGUGCUGGCGUCGCAACGAGACUUCGAUUGGACAAGCAAGCAGAUCACAUAUGGACUCUAUCUCUCUGAUCACAGCAUACUGAACGAUAUAGAGACUGAGAUCACAGUCCUAUCUGGUAUCAUGAUACAAAACCUGCCCAGAGAGACCGGCUGGCAUCUCAGGGGUACGAGAAGAAUUGGUGUGAGUAUGGAAGAUACCGAAACUCUUCAGCAAUGUGUAAGUUGGCGCGCCAGCAUGGUCGAGCCCUCCACGCUCACAUACAGACAGAUCGAACUCGUAGCGAGCUUCUGCCAACUACGAUUGCAUAGAGUUCCAAGAGUUGCAGACAUUGAACAUGAGGUCCAAAAAUCGUGAUCUUGGAGGGAGCUUUCGGAGCAGCGAAGGACGUAUACAUCUCAUGGCGUUAUAGAGAUUAAACCCCUGGAUCAAGACCUAUCCAUCUGCAAUAUACUGUCGCGUUGAGACGAGCAUCGAACGAAAACCUUGUCAACAGAAUGCCGCGAGCCAAGAUACUCGGCACAUUAUACCACGUUCAGCUUGCGCCCUCAGCUGAUUCGCUUUCAGAUCGAGUCCCCGACACGCAUCCGCAGCUAGCGCCAGGCCCAUAUCGGGGACUCCAGCUGCUCUCCGUAACAUCCUUCCCCGCAUCAUCAUGUAUGAUCGU